UGUGUUUGUUUUAUUGCAGGGCUGCUCCUUUGUAUUCAGUGUAUGGAACAGCUUUGCUACCUGUGAAGUGCUGGAUGAUGAAGGACUCGUUCCUAUUGGAUGGGAUGGGGUUGUGGAAGAACUUAUUUCCUGUUGCUUGGCUUCUUGUAACGGCCCUGGGGUUUCUGGUGUCUGCUGCUGAUGAGCUGCCCACAUUCACAGUGCAACCCAUGUCUGCAGUCCAAAAGCUGGGUGGUCCGGUCACAUUGAGGUGCCGAGUUGAGCCCCCUACUGCCAACGUGAGCUGGAGGCUGAAUGGACACGAGCUGAGAGACUCCACCGCCAGCCUAGAGGUGCUGAUCCAGCCCGAGGCUCUCAUCAUCCCGGCCCUGAGCAACCUGACCAUUGGCCGCUACCAGUGCAUCGCUAGGACUGCGAUAGGAGCCAGCACAAGUGUUUCUGCCACAGUCACUGCUGCCAAGCUGCGGGAUUUCGAGGCGGACGACCAGCAUGAGAUCGAGGUGGACGAGGGGAACACUGCCGUCAUCGAGUGUCACCUUCCUGAGAGCCACCCUAAGGCGCAGGUCCGCUACAGUGUCAAACAGGAGUGGCUGGAGACUUCCAAAGGGAACUACCUAAUCAUGCCAUCCGGAAACCUCCAGAUUGUCAAUGCCACUCAGGAGGACGAGGGAACCUACAAGUGUGCGGCCUACAACCCUGUGACCCAGGAAGUGAAAACAUCCUCCUCAUCAGACAGGCUGCGCAUCAGACGCUCCACAUCGGAGGCCGCUCGCAUUAUCUACCCCCCGGGAGCUCAGAGCAUCAUUGUGACGAAGGGGCACAGCCUGGUGCUGGAGUGUGUGGCGAGUGGCAUCCCCCCUCCGCAGGUGACCUGGUCUAAAGAUGGGGCAGGUCUCCACCAGCAGAACAAGACCCGCUUUCUUCUGAGCAACUUGCUGAUCGAUGCCACCAGCGAGGCAGACUCAGGCACCUACAGCUGCCAGGCUGACAAUGGCGUCGGGGAGAUCGGAGCUGCCUAUAUAUUCUACAGCGUGCAAGUGCUCGAGCCCCCGGAGGUGAGCCUGGAGCUGCAGCAGCAGUUUGUUCCCUGGGGUCAGAAUGCUCGCUUCACCUGUAGUAUCCGAGGGAACCCGCUACCCUCGGUGGUCUGGCUUCGCAACGCAGUGCCCCUCUCCCAGUCGCAGCGCCACCGCCUGACUAAACGUGUUCUACGUGUCCUGAAUGUGGGGCCGCAGGACGACGGCAUCUACCAGUGCAUGGCUGAGAACGAGGUGGGGAGCUCGCAGGGUGCUGCCCGUCUCAUCACAGUCCCAGCCGAAAAACUCCCGACUCAAAUCAUAAGGCCUGUCAAUCCAGACAAAAUCCUGAGGGACAAGGCCUCGCAGAAGCCUGGUCCAACACUGCCAGUCAUUCCUAUAACAUGCCCUGUAGACGGGGGGAAAGUGUCGCCCGCUGAAGCUCCCAUCAUCCUCAGCUUACCCAGGACUGCAAAAUCAGACUCAUACGAGUUGCUAUGGAAACCAAGGGACGGGGGGUCACCUGUACUGGAGUAUAUUGUCAAGCAUAGAAAGGCCACAGACUCCGCUGAUGACUGGACUGUAACCAGUAUCCCAGGUAACCUGCACAGACUGACACUGGUCAAGCUGGACCCAUCCAGCCUGUACGAGGUGGAGAUGGCAACGAAAAACUGCGCAGGGCUCGGACAGGCAGCCAUGAUGACCUUCAGAACAGGUCGCAGCAGUGGACCAGAGAAGAUCCUCAAUGAUGAUCCGUGCUCCAGCGGCCAGAACCCCAGCCCAUCAGAUAACGCUUGUCUAUCUCCUCCCGAGGCCCCUGACCGCCCCACCAUCUCCAUGGCCAACGAGACAUCGGUCUAUGUGACGUGGAUCCCGCGUGGUAACCGUGGCUUCCCAAUUCAGUCCUUCUGUGUCGAGUACAAGAAGCUGAAGGGUGGAGACUGGACACGGGCCACCAGCAACAUCCCUCCCUCCCGGCUCUCCGUCCAGAUCUCUCAACUUGAGAAAGGCGACUCCUAUAAGUUCCGUGUGCGCGCAGUGAAUAUCCUUGGGGAGAGCCGGCCCAGCACUCCCUCCAAGCCCUACGUCGUUUCCAGCAGCCACCGCGUCCCAGUUGCUGGACCUAUCGCUGGACCCCACAUCACCUACACCGAGGCUAUCAAUGAGACAACCAUCAUGCUCAAGUGGAUGUAUACGUCUUCCUUUAACAACAACACUCCAAUCCACGGCUUUUAUAUCUACUACCGGCCGACAGACAGCGACAAUGACGGCGAUUACAAGAAAGACGUGGUCGAGGGUGAUCGACACUGGCACUCCAUCGUCCACCUAAUGCCAGAGACCUCCUAUGACAUCAAGAUGAAGUGUUUCAACGAGGGCGGGGAAAGCAAGUACAGCAACGUCAUGAUCUGCGAGACCAAAGCUCGCCGGUACCCACGCACCACAGCCCGCCCGGUGUCUCCUCAUCCCAAUGCAGGCCAUCGAGAGGUGGCAGUGCGCUCCAGUGAUCUGCCCUACCUCAUUGUCGGCGUGGUGUUGGGUGCCAUCGUCUUCAUCAUCGUGGCUUUCAUCCCAUUCUGUUUGUGGAGGGCCUGGGCCAAACAGAAGCAAACGUCAGACCUGGGAUUCCUGGCUGCCAGCCCGCCAGUUUCCUCGUGCCAGUACACCAUGGUGCCUCUCCGGGGAGUGGCUGUGCCCAAUGGGCACUGUGCAGCUGACAGAGCCACUGUCGCGCUCAACGGGGCUCAUCACCCACUGUCCAGGAACGACUGCACUACCUCUGGAAAACACCUGAACUAUAGCCUUGCUGGGCUGCACCAGGGUGAACUGGAAUGCAACAGCUUGCUGCAGGAGAACAUGAUGUGCAAUGGUAGACCUGCAGGGUACCGAUAUUCUGAGCGGUUGCCCGAGCACGACCAUGAAGAAAACUCGUUUCUCCCAGACGACUCCACCCACCAGCUUCUCAACUCUGGUGAUCACCGGGACCAGGCCAGCAGAGUGUGCCAUGUGACAGGGAAUGAGGCCCCAUGUUGCAGAAUAGAGGGUGCACGGGAGAUCCACAUGAAUGGUGGCCCUCCAUGCGUUGCUGUUUUAACUCCGGUUGAAGUUGAGAGCCCUGAAACACUCCAGUCUCCGAGCAACUGCUCCACACAGCAGCCCCAAGAUACACCAGGGCCGGAAGUAACCCAGGAAGAAGUGAUAUUGCCACACAACACCAGCAAGGAGCAGAGCGGGCAGCUACAGAACCACGACCACAACAAGGAGUAACAUACUGCCAGAGAGACUGGGGAGGGCAGGAGUAUUUAUUUUUGUAUAACAAACAUAUUUAUAUAUUUAUACAUUUGUAAAUAAAUUGGUAUGCGUUUUGUUAUACUGUUUAUAUUUGUGUGUGUGUGUGUGUGUGUGUGUGUGUGUGUGUGUAUGUGUGUAUAUAUAUCUCAGAAAUGUUUAAACGAACCCUGUUCUGUACAAGAACUGAUCUAAUAUACGUCUCGCUUUAUGAAAAGAUGUCUUCGGAGGAAUGUAGUACCAUUGUUUUCUUGGUAGUUAUUCACUAGUUCAUAUUUAAGUUUUAAAGAAAUAAUAUAUCUACAUUAAAUUUGGCUACGACUCCUCCGUAAUUACCCUUUGAGAAAAACUGGCACCUCCCGUUUUCUUUUCUGCAUUCAAAAUAAUGUCAAAAGGUGAUAAAUCUUUUUAAGUGACGUCAGAAGCUUGGCUUGUCUGUUAAAAAAAGGAGUUCUUUUUGUUUAUUUUUUUAAACAUUAGAAGUUCCAAAAUUUCACGCUUCAGUUCUGAAUUACAAAAAACAUAAAUAACGCUCCGUAAAACGUGAUACAUUACUGUAGUUUAUAAAACGACUGAAAAAAUGUUUUGAUCAGACUGAACUUGUCAGAAGUCUGGCUUCUCUUUUCAACGUGUAAACAGUUUACUUUAAUUGCGUGUUUACUUCACCACACUGAUUUUGGUAGUGUACUAAACAGUAAAACCAUUCAAUAUUAACCUUUCUGAUCGUACUGUUUCCGAGGUUACUUUAGUUUGAAAAAUCGCCAUUGGUACAUUUCCAUAGGCUUUGACUUGAAUAUCAAAGCUAUAAAAAGCAGGCACUUAACAAAAAGAAAAGGAGGCCACUGACAUGGCCGGUAUCUUCUUUUAACUUGAGAUUUUUUUGAACAGAACUCAAGAAACAUUGAUGCUACAAUCCUCGAACAACACAUUGUCCACUGCAAUGCUUAGAGUAAUUUCUGUUUUAAGAAAUGACAUUGACUCCCGGACCAUGUACACAACUGAAGGGGGAUUGGCCUCUGUUUUCUGUGUUGUGGUGAUGUAUCGUCCAUCAACCCAAAUUUCUUUACAUAUAUAACGGUUGCCUUUUAUGUAAGCCAACCGUGUGUCCCCCCUUGUCUAUAAUUGACUAUAAUUGCUGACCCAUAUUUGGAUCGGUCUGAGUCCAUAACAAGCAUUUUGGCAGCAAAUUAAAGUGUGAGAUACAUGCCUCAAACCUCUAUGCUAACUUGCUGGACUGUUUGAACUAUGACCAGUCCAGUAAAGACAUUUGGUUGGCAAGCUAUAAAUAAAACCUGAAGGUUACAUUUAUAAAGUGUUACAGUAAGUGUGUAAACUGCAAUGUACUUAUUACUGAAAUUCUUUAUGAAUGUUGCUGUAUUCGCAUGAUUCCUAUGUACAGGGCUGGCGUGUAGUUGGUGUAUAUCCACAUGUGCAUGUGCUAGACAGCGCAGAGUUGAUACUGGCACAGAACCACACACAGGGAACACUGUGGGGCCGGAUUCUGUUUGAUUUCUUAUUUGUGUUUACAUUUUUAUUUUAUAAUUACUUAACCAUGUAAUAUGCGCAUAUGGGCGUUUUUUAUGUUGCCUUGUUGUGUUUCCUGUGGUGGUUCUGUGCCAGCCCAGUACCAAUAAAAAACAAGAAGUGUCCGCUAAGUAAAGCCCCAGCAUGUUUGGAUAUACCUCAAGCUACUUCAUACCAGCCCUGUAAGACAAUGUGUGAUCAACCUGGAGCCUAGACAGAGUUUUCCUUCAGACCUUAUUACAUUGCUAAUUACUGUCAAGUCAUGUUUCAUGCUUUGGGAUGAACACUGACCUUCCUGGAGCUUACCUACAUAUAUAUUAGUAAUCAGUGUGUGCAUCUCAAUUAUCAGACAUUCCUAAUGUCUGUGUAUUCACUGUAUAUUUGUGGUUUUGCAUGGUCAGGGUUUUUUUUUUUUAUAUAGAAAAUAAUAUAAAACUAUAUUCUUAAUUGCUGUCAUUAUUGAUAUUCUUGUCUGCUAUUUUGUUAAAUUGUCAAACUACUUUUUAAAACUCUUAAGGUUGCUAGUUCUGAAAAAUGUUGAAUAGAAAUCGAUCCUUUUUAUGUUGUAAAAUCCUACCAUUGCGAUAACACUGACCCUUCAUGGUGUAUCGUGUGUGUGUGGACUGCUAGAAUGUUAAUAUUUUGGCCAGUUUAUUUCAAAGCUAGAACCCAUGCUGUGGUUACUCGGCUCCCAAAAAAUGCUGAAUUCUUGGGACAUGGAAUUGUUGCUUCGCUGUAUCGCGUGUGCAGAAAUGAAGGAUGUAGUCUGUAUUCUGUAUACCACUCCUGGUAAUGUGUAGCCUCCUGUACUGAUCAGUUAUAUUUUGUUCUGUCACGUAUUAUGCCUGUAUGCACUUAUGUACAAUAGCAAAUGCAUUUGCAAAUACUUCGUUAAAGCAAGUAAUGCAUGUAAAUAAAGCCGUACAAAUUAAACAGGUUUUGUGUUUUGUUUGUACUUUUGCAAGUGAUGUAUUUUAUUGAAUAAAUGCCUUGCCAGCAGGAUCAGCCUGUUGGCUCACUCGUGGGAUUUUUUUGACAUGUAUUAUGAAAAAUUAAGUAUGUGUUUCAAGCCCAUUACAGAUGUUCUAUCAGUAAAAUGUAGUGUUUUUUUUAUUGAAAAAUAUGUUUUUCUCUUUAGAACACCCCAUUAAAAGCUGUUAUAGCUGGGGUUUCCCUGUUGCACAAUUCUGUUCACUAUGUUGGUUUCACAUGGAAGAAAACAAAAUAUCUGGUACCCAACUAAGAUUUGUUUAUUUUAAACUACAUACACAAAAAU